AUGGGUCUUUGCCAAUCCAAGGCAAAAUAAGACAGAUAAGAAAUCAUAAAAAAACCUUCCACAAAAAAGUAGGAAACCUUUGAAGUAGGUCCUGAAAAUUUUGCAACACUGAAAUAAGGAUAAGUUACAAGUUAUUAUCGAGUUGAAAAAUCCUUAGGAAGAGGUAAAUAAUUGAUAAAAAAAUAGGUGCUUAUGGGGAAGUAAGAUUAGUCAUACAUAAGUAAACAAAUUAAAGAAGGGCUAUGAAAUAAAUAAAGAAAGAUAAAAUUGUAAAAGAAGAAGAGGAAACCUUAUUAAAUGAAGUCACAAUACUAAAAUAAUUAGAUCAUCCAAAUAUAGUUAAAUUAUAUGAAUUGUUCGAAGAUAAAACUAGCUACUUUUUAAUUACAGAGUAUGAUGAUGUAUAAUAAUUUUAGAUAUUUAGAAGGAGGUGAAUUGUUAUAAAGAAUUUCAGAGUAUAAGUCAUUUACAGAAAAAAUUGCAGCAGAAUUUUUAAAAUAAAUCCUUUAUGCAGUUAUGUAUUGUCAUGAGAGAAAGAUAGUUCAUAGAGAUUUAAAGCCUGAAAAUAUUUUAUUAGAAACUAUGAAUUAAGGUGCUAAUCUAAAAAUUAUAGAUUUCGGAACUUCAAGAAGAAUAUAAGAGAACUAAUAUUUAACUAAGAAAUUAGGAACUGUAAAAAAUUAUUAUAAGAAUUUAAGCCUUAUUAUAUAGCUCCAGAAGUUCUUAAGAAAAAAUAUAAUGAAAAAUGUGAUGUUUGGUCAUGUGGAGUCAUAUUAUAUCAAAUGCUAAGUGGAUAAUUGCCAUUUGAUGGAUCCCCUGAUGAAAUAUUAUUAAAGAUUGACAUAGGAAAUUAUGAUUUUCCAAGUAAUUUAAUUAAAAUUUAUAUGAUAUAGAUGAAAAUUGGAGUGGAAUUUCAGAAUAGGCAAUUAACUUAAUAAAAAAAAUGAUGGAGAGAGAUCCUAAUAAAAGGAUUACAGCAAAAUAAGCAUAUGAAGAUCCAUGGAUUUAAAAUAAUGUACAUGUUGCAAAAAUUGAUGCUAGAUAACUUAAAAAUUUAUAAUCAUUUUAUGUAUUAAAAAAUAAAUUUAUUAAGGGUAAAAACAAGGUAAGAACAGCCUUAAUGCAAUUUAUAGCAACUUAAGUUAUGACAAAUUCAGAAAAGGAGGAAUUAAUAACUCUAUUUAAAUCAAUAGAUAAAAAUGGAGAUGGAUUAUUAAGUAAAGAAGAAUUAUUAGCUGGUAAAUAAUAAAAAAUAAUUUAGUUUACAGUUAACAAUAUGAUUCUUUGAAAGCUUAAUAAAUGGUGGAUGAAGCAUUUGAAAAAAUUGAUAUCAAGAAAACAGGAACAGUGGAUUUUACUGCUUUUGUUUCUGCAGCAUGUUAAUAAGAAAAAAUGCUAAAUAAAAUAAAAUUAGAGUAAACUUUCAAAAUAUUUGAUAUUGUAAAAAUUAAUAUAUAAAUUUUAUAGAAUGGUGAUGGAUAAAUAAGUAAAGAUGAAUUAUAAGAAAUAAUGGGAGGAAUAGAUGAUUAAUUAUGGUAAGAAAUCUUAUAAACAUGCGAUGGAAAUGGAGAUGGAGAAAUUUAAUUCGAAGAAUUUAUUACUUAUCUUGUUUAAAAAUAUUGA